CUCACGUAAAUAACUAAAUGAGGCGAAACUUCGGAGCAGGCGGGGUCAACGCGGGGCUGCCAAAGGCCAAGCGAGGCAGUGUCCUAUCUUAAUUGCGGCAGAAUGAUGGAGGCGCUGAACGCAAAGACUCUCUCCAGUGUUCAAAUGGGUCUUGAAGUGGAACCUCCAAGUAAAUUCGCGUGGCUAACACGAGGAACCAUUUAUAAAUUCAAACACCAAUCAAUUUCAAAUUAUUCAAACACUGCCAUUGACUUUGCAAUCACCAACAAGAACCGAACCCCGCUCUCCAUUUUCUCCCCUUCAAAUUCCCAUUUUCUGUCUUUCUUUCUUCACCUGCUUCUUCCCCUUCAAUUUAUGCUAAUUCUGUUGACUCAGCUAAUAUGGGUCUCUGCUUCUGUUCUCUCGCUCACCGUGGGCUCGAGAUUAGCCCCAAAAGACCUCAUGAUUCAGGAUCAGCGACUCCUGAGAGCAGGAAUGUUGACUCAUUUACGACAAACAGCACUGUAGAGAAGAGCCAAUUCUCGAUGAUUGCAAGCGGAAGCGUCGACGAGACCAAUGCUUCUCCAAAUCGGCAUGUUAUAGAAACGCCUACUCACUUGAAGGUUUUCACUUUUGGGAAUUUGAAAGCAGCCACCAAGAACUUUAAAUCGGACUCAUUGCUUGGAGAGGGUGGUUUCGGUAAAGUUUACAAAGGUUGGUUGGAUGAGAGGACGCUUUCACCGGCUAAAGCCGGCUCUGGAAUGAUGGUGGCUAUUAAAAAACUCAACCCAGAGAGUAUGCAAGGCUGUCAAGAGUGGCAGUCAGAAGUGAAUUUCUUGGGAGGCCUUUCUCACCCAAACCUGGUUAAGCUAUUUGGUUACUGCCGGGAGGAUGAUGAACUUCUCCUUGUGUAUGAGUUCAUGCCUAAGGGAAGCUUGGAGAGCCAUCUCUUCAUAAGGAUUCCUAACGUGGAACCGCUUUCUUGGAACACACGACUCAAAAUAGCUAUUGAUGCAGCUGAAGGCCUGGCCUUCUUGCACACUUCAGAAAAGCAAAUCAUAUACAGAGAUUUCAAGGCCUCAAAUAUAUUACUUGAUGGGAGUUUUAAGGCUAAAAUUUCUGAUUUUGGCUUGGCUAAAUUGGGGCCUACUGGAGAACAAUCACAUGUGACUACGAGGAUCAUGGGCACAUAUGGCUAUGCUGCCCCAGAAUACGUUGCAACAGGGCACUUGUAUGUAAAGAGCGACGUGUAUGGUUUUGGUGUAGUGUUGCUUGAAAUGCUGACGGGUCAGAAAGCACUUGAUUCAAAGCGGCCAUCUGGACAGCACAAUCUGGUUGAGUGGGUUAAGCCAUGCCUCAGCAGCAAAAAGAAGUUGAAAACCAUAAUGGAUGCUAGAAUAGAGGGACAAUAUUCACUCAAUGCAGCAUUUCAAGCAGCUCAGCUUAUUCUCAAGUGCGUAGAAUCUGACCCCAAAAAUCGUCCGGCCAUGAAGGAUGUAGUGGAGACCUUGCAAGAUAUUGGAGUUACCCAAAACAAGUCAAAAGGUUCCAACAAAUGUUCCCAAUCCUCACCGCGUCGUCAUCAUAAGAAGCCUAAUCAUCACCGAUCAGUUCAUGAUGGACACAAAAUCGUUGAUCUAUGAAAUGGAGGUUGUAUAGUAAUGUGGGAAUUUGACACAAGUGACUACGAUCUUUUGAAGUAAUUUCAUAUGAAGUGGUGAGAGAGGGAGGGAGAAUUGAAGCUUAUCUUUGUGGGAUUACAACAGCAGAUAUGGAUCUUACUUUCCUCCUUUAUCGUUCUCACUUUACCUGAAGUACACUUGGGGUGAUUUGUACUCAUGGAAAACAAAAAAGGGGGGGGGGUAGAUCAAAGAUGAGCAGUCAAAGUGAAUUAUAAAUUAUAAAUAGUCCUAUAGCAUGUUAUCUUUGAGUACUUUAUGAUUGAUUUAACCUACUCAUCUUUUUGGUUUGCUUGUAAAAUUUGAUCAACAGUGUAGGGUAAAUUAGUUUUUUGAUAGAUAUUUUUUUUUUGGGGGUUGGGUGGAGGGGAUUUUGACAGGCAUAUUCAUACAUUGGUACAAUUGUUGUUUCAUUAUACAUCUUUGUAAAAAAGUGCUGUAAAAUAUAUUGUGCACUGUGUUCAUGUAA